AUGACAUCUGGCGAUGCGAUCUACGAAUCUGUGAAAGAUCUUCCAUUUGCAAAUGGCAAAUUUGACUCCACCCCGAAGGUGAAAGAUCCUGUCAUCAACUUCAAAUUGAAAAAAGAUCAAAGACAAGUUACCUUGUUCAAUGUUCAUGAUGUGUCUACUGUUCCCGAGAACUUGGUGAUAUCUCUUCAAAAAGAGUUCAAUUUUGUUGUUGAAGAGGGCCUAACCUAUCCGUACCAUGAAACGAAAUCACUUGAUGAUUUCAAGAGUUAUUGGUUUCACCACUUUGCGGCCAUUUUGAUUGAUGGGAGCUACAGCUCAUUUAAUGAUACCCAAUUACAAAAUCUAUCAGUACAGCAAUGGAAUGAGUUAUUUCUCGGCACAUUUUAUGUCAAGCCAAAUUACAUAGGGCGCUGCUCGCACGCUUGCAAUGCAGGUUUUAUCAUCAAUCAUGUGAAACGAGGUUUAGGCUUGGGAAAAGAGUUGGGAGCAAAAUAUUUGGAAAUUGCACCGCAGUUGGGGUACGUGUAUUCUGUUUUCAACUUGGUGUUUGAGACUAAUGUGGCAAGUUUAAAGAUUUGGGAUUCCUUAGGGUUUGAAAGAAUUGGGUAUGUAAAGAAUGUGGCUGUAUUGAAAGGUCAUGAUAAAUUAGUGGGUGCAUACAUGUUUGGAAAAGAUUUACAGGAGGCAUAG